AUGGAGGACUCGGCCCGGGCCCUCCCGGAGGGCUGGGUCAGGCAGUACGACCGAGAGACCCAUCACCAAUUCUUUGUCGACACCAGGGCCAACCCGCCACGCUCUAUCUGGCACCACCCCUACGACGACGAGCAGUACCUGGCCUCCCUCCCCGACCACGAGAGGGACCGUAUCAAGAGCCUCCAGCGCGUCCACAGCCUGGCCGACAUCGAGGCCGAGAGCAGCGAUGACGACACCGCCCGCGGCAGCCACGGCCAACCAGCAGCCGCCACACAGCAGCAGCAGCAGCAAGAGAGGCUCUCCAAGUCCGAGAAGUUCGGCCGCAGGCUCAAGGACAAGCUGACCAGCUCGACCCACCAGGAGCGCGCCGCCAAGCGCCAGCAGCGGGCCGAGGCCGAGAGGCAGGCCUACUACCAGCACCAGCACAUCCGGCGGCAGCUCGUGCGCGCCGUCGAGACGGGCGAGCCGCAGCUGCUGGGCAGGGACGGCGACGGGAGGGAGGUCUGGAUCGAGCCCCCACACGGCUCCCAGGGGCUGGCCGGGCGCGCCAACGUGCGGGUCGUCAACCCUUGGGACAGGGGAGGGUACUUUGGUGGCCCGCCCGGCAUGAUGGCAGGACCCUACGCGCGACCCUACCCGUUGCCUUCGUCUUCACCACCAACUUCUUGGUUCGCCAGCCUCCUGUCAACCACAACAGCGACAAUGGCCGAUGACCUGGUCCUCAACCUGGCCCCGAUCGGGGACUCCUCGUUCGCUUCCAAGAAGGUUAAAUAUGUUGGAGGGUCUUGGAGAGAUCGUCGCCGGGCCCAGAAGAAGGACACCGCCCGCGAGCAAGGCAGGACGGGCUCAACGGGCUCGACCCGCCCAGGUGGCGGCCACCACGACCCCUCGAAGCCGUUCCAGGUCGCUUCCAAACUCUUCACCUACAACCCCACGGCCAAGACAGUCUUCGACGACGCCACACCGGCAAAAGAGGCUGAGCCGGCCACUCCUUCCAACGCGCCCCUGUCCGAAGAAGCAUCCAACUUCCACGCCCUGGGCCUGUCCCGGAGGGUAGCCCAGCACCUGUCGACGAAACUCGAGAUGAAGGUACCCACGUCGAUCCAGAAGAACACCAUACCGCCCCUCGUCACCGGCGACGACGACGCUUUCCUGCAGGCACAGACGGGUUCCGGAAAGACACUUGCCUACCUGCUUCCCAUAGUACAACGGAUUAUCGCCCUGAGCCGCAACGACGAUGGCAGCAGCACCGGUGCCGACAUAAACAGGAAUUCGGGCUUGUUUGCCAUCAUUCUCGCGCCCACCCGAGAACUGUGCAAGCAGAUAUCUGUCGUGCUGGAGAAGCUUCUGCGAUGCUGCCCGUGGAUCGUUAGCACCACUGUCAUGGGAGGCGAGAGCAAGCACUCCGAGAAGGCCCGUAUCCGCAAGGGCUGCAAUAUCCUUGUUGCUACACCUGGCCGUCUCACUGACCACCUGGAGAACACCAAGAUCCUCGAUGUUGGAACGGUGCGGUGGCUCAUCCUCGACGAGGGAGACAGGAUGAUGGAGAUGGGUUUCGAACAGGACCUCAAACAAAUCGUCACGGCCAUCCGCGAGGAGCCACUCAAGGAGAAAAAUAAGGAUGGCGUACUGCUCACAAAGGCCAUGCCAAAGAGGAGGGUGACGGUCCUCUGUUCCGCGACGAUGAAGUCAAAUGUCAACAGGCUCGGUGAGAUCAGUCUGCAGGACGCUGUCCUCAUAACUGCCUCCACCUCCAAGGACGACGCCGAGGAGGAUGCAAAGGCAGAGACUGUCUUUGCUGCACCGGCCCAGCUGAAGCAGACAUACUUGGUCGUUCCGGCAAAGCUGCGCCUGGUCACACUCGUGGCGUUCCUCAAGGACGCCUUCGCCCGAAAAGGCUCCGUCAUGAAGGCAAUCGUCUUCAUAUCCUGUGCCGACUCGGUCGACUUCCAUUUCGAACUACUCAAAUCCACCACUGCGCGACCCCAGCCGUCACCAGAGACUGUACAAGGCAAGCCAGACCACACGGCCAACACCGUACACCCCUCGGCCUACAUCACCUCCCCAGCCAACCCGACCAUCCUCCUCCACAAGCUGCACGGAUCUCUGACCCAGCAGGCGCGUACCUCGACGCUCCGCUCCUUCUCGACCUGCAAGGACCCCGCCGUGCUCAUCACAACCGACAUCUCCUCGCGAGGUCUUGAUGUCCCCGCCGUCGAGCUGGUCGUCGAGUACGACCCGGCCUUUGCCAUCGCCGACCACGUCCACCGCAUCGGACGUACAGCCCGUGCAGGCCGGCCUGGAAAAGCCGCCCUGUUCCUGCUGCCGGGCUGCGAGGAAGGCUACAUCGACAUGCUACCCACCACGCCCCCAGCGGUCGCCCAGUCCUACGAGACCGUCCUGCAGAAGGGCUUCGCCACACCCGUGGCACUGCCCCCGAUCCCAGGCAAGGAUGGCGGCGACGGCGACGACGAAGAGCAGCAGAGACCACAGAAGCAGUCCCCCCACGCCAGGGCGGAAGCCCUGCAGCUGCACCUGGAGCAGCGCGUCCUGGCCUCGGAGCCGCCCAAGCCGGCCCCGACCAAGGGCGGCGGCGGCGGCGGCAGGAGGCCCGCCGCGCCGCCCCCGCCGAAGCCCCAGCACGGCUCCGGGCCCGCCCUCAUCGACUCGGCCCGGCAGGGCUUCAGGGCCCACGUGCGCGCCUACGCCACCCACGUCAAGGAGGAGCGGGCCGUCUUCGACAUCCAGCAGCUGCACCUGGGCCACAUCGCCAAGAGCUACGGGCUGCGGGAGGCGCCCGGCGGCAUAGGCGCGGGCGUGCAGAAGCGCACGCACAAGAAGGGCGCCGGCGCCGGCGGCGCCGCAGCUGCCGGGUCCUCCUCGGCCGGUGGCGCCAAGAGGAAGUUGGACGUGCUGGAGGACGUGGGCGGCGGUGACGUGGAUGCUGCAGCGGCCAAGAGGAAGAUGGAGGAGAUGCUUAGGAAGAUGAAUGCUGCUAGCGAGUUCAAUAUCGCAUAG